AUGGGAUCUGUUUACACUAAAGGGCUUUCUUCGUUUCCCUUUACUCAUGCGGCAGUCGAACUUUUACGUCAUAACUUUCAGCUCUCUAUUCAGUCUUCUUCCCAUGAUACUCACAUCACGGAGUGGGAAGACCAAAUGCUGGGAUGUUUAUUUUCCAUCAGUGUCGUGGUUCAGGAGUCGAUUUCCGUCCUGUCCAAUGGGGAUUCGGCAACAUUGACGGGACCGAACAUACUUGACGGAUUAGAGAUAUCCUUACGGCAUUCUCGGCAUGUGUGGGGGCGUUCAACCCACAACUUGCGCUCUAUCUUAUAUGAAAGCCUGACAAGGCUCUUUGCUGAAGGAGAAUUUAAGGUAAAUUAUGUUAUGGAUCUAGUGCAGGUUCUUGGCACAUUGAGCUUGGAAGCACGCCAGGGUGUCGAGAAAUGCCUUCUCAAUUUGCUUUACUGCCUCGGAAACCACGACAGCAGAAGUAGCAGCAGGCUAUUGAUAGAUGACGGCUGGUCGCCGGAUUCACUUUUAUCGUCAAUGCAUGGACAUUAG